AUGUCAAACUUCUCCGCUGCCUCCCUAUCAUCUAUCAGAUCCUUACGUUACGUCUGUCUUCCUACUAAGGAGGCAUUGCCCCCUUUCGUACGCACCUACUUUUCCAGCUACCAUCCAGACCUGCGCCCUUUCCCACCGGCUCAAGAGCAUAUCCUCUCGGCUGCCCUUGACCGGGUACCACAAUAUGGGUUCACAGAAGACGCACUGGUGCUAGGUGCUAAAGAUGCUGGCUACCUCGAUGUAACAGUUCAGCUGUUUCCCCGCGGAGUUUUCGAUCUUGUCAAUUUCCAUUUGGUUUCCCAGAGACUAGCACUCAAGGAUAAUGUGCAAUUCCCGUCAUCUGCCAACCUAGGUCUGACCUCCAAGGUGAAGUCAUUGGCCAUGGCUCGUCUACGUGCAAACAAGGAUAUCAUUCAUCAAUGGCAGGGAGCUCUCGGCCAUAUGUCCUUGCUAGGGAACAUCCCCUCCUCCUUGAAGGAGCUGAACGCCUUGUCGGACGAAAUCUGGUACCUUGCCGGUGACACCGCAGUAGACUUCUCAUGGUAUACAAAAAGAGCCUCCCUGGCAGCUGUUUAUGCGAGCUCAGAAAUGUUCAUGACAACCGACUCUUCGACGGACUUUACUGCCACUGAGGAGUUCCUCAGUCGGAGAUUGAAUGACGCGCAGAACGUAGGAAGCACAGUCGGAGAAUUUGGACAGUAUGUGGGAUUCUGGGCAGGGAAUAGCCUCAACUUAGCCCGAUCAUGGGGAAUGAAAGUGUAA